AGGAAAACCCUAUGUGAAAUGUCCUUUUUUCGGUGUAGGUUCUUACCCAAUGUAUAUCCUGGGAAGCCGGGAUCUGUUUUAAUUCUAUCUGGGCCUGGGCCUGACUUUAGAGACUUGACUGAGCAUAACUUCUGCCAACCAGCUCAAAUUUUCUUUUUAGACUGUGAUGAUGUCCUGAAAAUACACCCUUCAGGUGCCCCAAGUGGUCUUUUCAGUAUCAAGCCAGCAGGAUCCAGUAAGUUUGUUUCUGUUUACUGUGACCAAGAGACCAGUUUGGGAGGAUGGCUUUUGAUCCAGCAGAGAAGUGAUGGAUCAUUGAAUUUUAACCGGACAUGGCAAGACUACAAGAGAGGUUUCGGCAAGGUCAAUGCCAAAGGAGAAGGAGAAUUCUGGCUAGGUAAUGAAUAUCUCCACUUGCUCACUCAGAGGGAAUCUGUCCUCCGGGUAGAACUAGAAGACUGGGAUGGGAAUGAAGUAUAUGCUGAGUAUAAUGUCCAUGUCGGCUCUGAAGCAGAAGGGUAUGUCCUACGGAUUUCCUCCUAUGAGGGAACUGCUGGGGAUGCCCUGAUUGAAGGUUCUGUGGAAGAAGGGACUGAGUACACAUCUCAUGCCAACAUGAAAUUCAGUACCUUCGAUCAAGACAACGAUCAGUGGGAGGAGAACUGUGCUGAAAUGUAUGGAGGUGGCUGGUGGUACAACAACUGUCAGGGGGCCAAUCUAAAUGGUAUUUACUACCCUGGGGGGUCUUAUGACCCAAGAGACAACAGUCCUUAUGAGAUUGAGAAUGGAGUGGUCUGGAUCCCCUUCAGAGGUUCUGACUAUUCCCUCAGGACGGUUCGCAUGAAAAUCAGGCCUCUAGAGACCCAGUGACCAGAAUAGGAGGAAAAAAAAAGACUGUUUUGUUGGUUUGUGUUGUAGAGUUGUAAAAGAAGGCAGAAGGAAGGAGGAGUUAGGGGGUAUAGGUCUUUACGAGUCUCAACAAACCCCAGGUGCUAUUUGAUUUCCCUUUGUACUGUAGCUAAAUGCAACCGAGAUAUAUUUGUACUUCUAAAAAUAAAGUUCUAUGAUUUUUUCAUCUCUACAAUAA